AUGGGUUUUAAAAAAUACUCUGAAUUAAUUGGUCAUCUUCUUGUUGCUGAACAACAUAAUGAUCUUUUAAUAAAAAAUAAUGAAACUCGACCUCCUAGUACUGCUUUAUUCCCAGGAGUGAAUGCUGUAAAUUUUCACCCAACUUGGCGUGAAAGAAAUUCUGACCCCAGUCGUGGUCGAGGUCAAGGUCGUGGUCGUGGUCAUGGCAGAUACUUCAAUCAGGGUAAUCGUCUUGCAAUAAAUAAUAGCCCUCAGCACCAACAGUGCAAGAAGAAGGGUAAAACUCCUGAAGCAGCCCCAAGAAUGAACCCUGAAAAUAUAUGUUAUCGAUGUGGAGGAAAGGGACACUGGGCGCGUACUUGUCGUAUGCCUAAGCAUCUGGUAAAACUAUAUCAGGCGUCCCUCAAAAAGCCAGAAAAUGAUGUUGAAACAAACUUCCUCCUUGAAAAUAACGUUGAGCCCAUGGAUUUAGAAGUGUCUGGUUUCUUUGCAGUUCUUGAAGAAUUUGUAAAUCACCUUGUAGGUGAUAAUAAUGCUAUAAUCCGAUUAUGUUAA